UCUGCGCAUGUCCGUUUUAUGUAAAACAGCGGAAGGUAAACAUCCUUUCAGAAUACAAUGCAGUCAGACGGUCAAUAUGAAUGCAGUCAGUAAACAGUCAUGACCCCAGUUUCAAUACAGUUUACUCAAAGAAAAAGUACUUUAGGCAGCUGAAAACGUUUUUUUUUUCCAGACAGGCUUUUGGUUGACCUGUAGCUGCUCUAUUUUAUUUUUUGUUUUUGUUGAUGUGGGUCAGUAUAUAAUUGAGGGACUUUUAAAGUCCAUGGGAUAUAUCUUGCAUACAUUUUUAUUAAAAGUAAAAUGACUAAUGUUUUUUAUAUUCAUUAUGAUCAUGUCUUUACAAAUAACAGAAUUAUUUAUUAUAGAAACAAUCACUUAUUAAGAAAAAUUUACUAGAUAUUACUAAAAUGUCAACUAAAUAACCGUCCAAAUUUAAUAAAACCACCUUCUAAUUAGCUAAACAAUAAUAAAACGAGCUUAUUCAAAAAAUUGUUUUGAUUGUGUUCUUUUUAUUAAGUUGAGAUAAUCAUGAUAGAUAUUUCUUUUUUGCCAAUAUAUCAAAUUUUAUAUGGAAAAUAACAAACUGCAUGUCAGAGAAAUCACUUUCUACUAAGUUCCCCAUUACAAAAACACCUCUCAAGGAAGUGUAUUAAUUCCAAAUCACAUGACCUGCUCCACAUGAUGUCAUUUCCUCCUGAAGAAAAGACUGGCCAGACUCCAAGGCUUUCUGAGUUAUUUAAUAUAAAGUAGUGUGUGAGUCAAGUGUGGAUUUAUGGCAUAUCAACAGGUUUACUACAAUAUCUUUAUAUGUUUUGUAUGUAUGAUUUAAAUCCCCAGGGUAAAAUGUACAAUAUUUUUCUUGUAAUGGUGGUUAGGGAAAGUAUUAAGUGGCAUAAAAUGGAAAUUUAAAGUAUAUUAGGAAUUUAAAAGUAUUUAGUUAUUUUCUACCACUGCACACCACCCAAUCAUAGUUUUAAGUUUGCUUGUUUGGGGUUUUUUUUGGCCCACCUCAACCAGGCUGCUCGUAAUUUGAAUGUUUUAAAAAUAAAAACACAAUACAAAUCAUAACACAAUGAUAUUAAAAGUAAAUUAAAAGAACUACAACACAUUAGUAUAAAGGUGUCUAUUCAAAUAACUUAUUUUAUUUAUGAUGCUAAAGAAUAUUGUAGCAGCCAUAAUUAUUUUUACUGAGUUCAAAUGCAAUUUAAUACUUUUUACAGCACCUUUACAGUAAAUGAUUUAAUGCUUCCUCCAGCACUGCUAAUAAAUCACAGCAAAUUUAAAUGUCGAAGAAUGUGGCCUUUAAAGGGAAGUAUUAUAAAUGAAUGCUCAAAAAUUUGUAUGAAUCAAAGCGAUUUAUUGGUUAGUUGCCUUGUGGUUAUUUUUCUGAAAAUAAUUUACUCAGCAUUUUUCUGUUGCAUAACAGCAUCACAUGACCUUUAGGGCACGGCAUGGAAAUAUUUAGUUUGAGUGAAAAAAGGGGAAAUGAGUCACUGAAUGAUCAUUGCAUAAUGUAUGUGCAGAUUCUUACAACUUGAUAUGUAAUAUUUCACUUAAGCAGGCAGGAAAAAUGUGACUUUGAAAUGAUUCACUGCUACAGAAGCCUUUAUUAUUCCUUUACCAAGAUGAUGCCAAUGAAAACUUCACUUUAAACAUGUCAUACUUAGAGUAUUUUCACAGUUUCAACCAUGUGGAAAGGCUUACAUGCUGAAGAUCUACAGAACCUUCCAUUCCUGUCACUUCUUGUAAUGAACUUUCUUCAUCGCCCGCCAGAACUUGUGGUCUCAGUCCUUUAAGAUGAAGACAAAUCAGGUGCAGUAAAAUUACUAGUAGAGAUAAAUAUGCAUGUGUGUAUAAAAAGCCAUAGCUAGUAUCAUUUCUGUGAUGAAUUCUACACAAAUGUGUCAGUUCAGUUUGAAAAGCAUGGAGGCCACAGACGUGAGGUCAAUUAUAUGAUCCCAUUCUUUGAUCAAUAUAAAAAUUUUGUUUUUCCUAAAGAUACAAACAUAUGUGAGGAAGUAGCACUUCUUCUAAAGAUUGUCCUGUUCUACUACUAAGAUGUUUACAUUUGGAGAAUGGAUGACUUAAUUUCUCUUCAGACACUUCAGACUUUAGCUAAUGCAGCAACCUGCCACCUACAGAUGCUCUUUUGCAGCUGUUGGAAGCAUCUGGGCUGGAAGAUGUGACAGAAUCAAUGUCGGAGGUCCUUCCUAUCUGUGGUCAUCCAGUUAUAUAGUUUAAGGUCUUUCUGAUGAAGUUGUAUAAUUUUACAACUUCCACAAUCUUGAAAAUAUGAAGUUGAAAUCAACUUUAAAAAGUGUGGCAAAGUGAUUUCCCUGUGGGGAUUAAUGAAGUUUUUCUGAUUCUGUACACUAAUUGGGAUUUCUAUAUAGGUGUUUUGAGCAAUAUUUGUGAUACUGAUUAUGAAGUGAUUGAUUAAAUGGCCUGUAGACACACCCUGGUGUUUAGAAAUGUGAGUUGCUGGUUUGGUCCCUUCAUGUGGUUGUGUGGUGGAGAUCCCCAUUCUGAGAUUGCAACAGUUCUUUUUGUGUUUUUGACCAAAAGCCUUACCUACGUCACUCUUCUCAGCAAACACUGCUCAGAAAACAGAAGUGAGAAGUUGCAUCCAGCAGCAAAGGACUCAGGAAGGCAACACUUUAGUCGCUGCUUUGACCAUCAACACAUACCGUAAAGUAACCAGCAUGGAUGAUGUUGAUUAUGUUGAAUAUGAGGAUUACGCCCCAAGCAAUGAAACAGAGAUCUACAGCAACCUAACUCAACUAGUGACUUUCAGUACCUCUCAGUCUUCUCUGACUUAUGUCCUAGUGACAACCAAUAUCAUUAUUUCUGUUGUUGGGCUUGGAGGAAAUUCCUUAGUGAUUUGGAUCUGUGGAUGGAAAAUGAAAACAACGGUCAUCACCACCUGGUACAUCAGUUUGGCCAUUUCAGACCUUCUGUUCUGUGUCUUUCUGCCACUCGACGUGUUCUACAUGUUAACCUCGCACUGGCCUUUCGGGCAGAUCUUGUGCAAGCUCUCGUCCUCCGCCCUGUUUCUCAACAUGUACAGCAGCGUAUUCCUGUUGGUUCUAAUCAGCGCCGAUCGCUGCGUGAUGGCUUUAUUUCCUGUGUGGUCGCACAACCAUCGAAGGGUGCCCAAAGCUUUUAGAGUCGUCGUCCUCAUGUGGAUCCUCUCUGCUCUCCUCACGUUGCCCUCGCUGAUCUUCAGAAAAACCACAGUCCACGGCUCGGUCACUCAGUGCCACACAGAUUACGGGGGCCAUUCCAAACACAAGGCAGUGGCGCUGACUCGGUUCAUCUGCGGGUUCCUGAUCCCUUUCCAGAUUAUUGUGUCCUGCAGCUUGGUGCUUGGUGUGAAGCUGAGAAGUUUGACCAUCAAGUCAACAAAGCCUUACAAAAUCAUGGCAGCGCUCAUCUUGUCAUUUUUCUUCUGCUGGGUCCCGUAUCAUACCUUUGUCCUGCUGGAGUUGGACCUGAAGAACCACAGUGUGGAAGUGCAGAGAACUGGGCUGAGGGUGGGAACCACGCUGGCGGCAGCAAACAGCUUCAUAUCCCCACUUCUCUAUGUGUUCAUUGGUAAUGACUUCAAACGAACCCUGAGGCGGUCUUUGACAUCAGGGAUCGAGGAGGCGAUGGCUGAGGACUUCCGUACAGGUGGUCUCAGUCACUCAAAGUCCAAGUCAAUGGAGGUUAUAUGAAAUUAAUUUCAAAUUUUUAUCAUUAAUGUGAAGGAGUACAUGAACUUUGAUUAGCAACACAGGUGACUUUGGACAUGUUUAGUCACAAUGUAUUCUGUAGGUGAUUUGUAUAUUAUGUAUAUACAUGUAUGCAUUAAUGAUGUAUUUAUCAUGAUCUUAAAACAUUAUGGAUCACAUUUGGUCAUUGAGGCUAUAAGUUAUUGAUUGAUGUCUGCUAUUGAUUUACUGUGUCUUUCGAUGUAAAAUGAAAAUCUUUAUUCUCAUAUAUGUUUAAUUUAGAUAUUUUUGUGUGUAUGGAAGACUUUCUCUUAUGUUGUUCUUGUGCGUCCUUCAAAUCAUAGCUUGUGUGAAGUGUUUUUAACGCAAUUAAAUGCAUUAUAUUCAGUUAUUUAGAGCAAACUGUGAUGACUGAAAUAUUAAGAACCAACAUUUUAGUUUUUACAUUGUGUUCAUAAUAAAAUUGUAUAAAUUAAACUAAACAAAUCAGAUGAAGUAAUUAAAUUAUUGUAAUUUUGUUGUGUAAAGUUCUUCAGUUUUCAGUUAUCACCCUACUAUUAAACUGUACUGCUGUACAUAUAAUUGUGCUUGUUCUAGUGUCAUUCUCAUGAAGUAAUUUUAAGCCUGCUAUUUUUUUAUAUUUCUAUAUCAAUGGGGAAAAAAUAAAAUGGCAUAUGAAAGGCGAAGUGGAACAAUAUCAUCUCAUAUUGCAGUUCCUCCAGAUCUAGUCUCAGAGAACUUGUUGGGAUAACGACGAAUUGGAACCAUCAAGCUAAUAAUUGCACCAUUUUCAAGAUAUUUUAGAGUAAAAUGAAUAUAAAAUGUCACACCCUAUGAUCUAGGCAAAGUAAGGUCACUUCAUUUUUAUGCUUACAUGUGCAACAUUAAUAUCCCAGUUAGCAGCAACUAGAGCAGUGGUUCUGUAGCUGUGGGCCUUGUAAUUAUUCAUAAUGGAAAUUAAUUGAAUUAACUAAACAGCAUUCAAUUGAUUUGAACUGAACUGAACAAAUUACAGUUGAAUUUAACUGAAUUUAACUGAUCUGAAUUGAAUUUGAAACAAUUUGAAUGAAGUUGAAUUUAACUGAACUGAUUUGAAUGUCAUUAAAUUGUAUUGAACUGAACUGAACUGAACUUCACUGAAUGAAACUGAUUCGAACUGAAUUAAAUGGAAGUGGUUUG